CUCGGGGCAGCGGUGCCGGACGAGGAGGGACAGGAAAGCGUGACCGGCAGCGUGUGCCGGGGGAAGCGCGGGGCCCCGCUCUCCGCCCCAUAGAGCCCCCGCUCUCCGCCCCAUAGAGCCCCCGCUCUCCGCCCCAUGGAGCCCCCGCUGCCCGGCUGGGCCCGGGGGCCGUGGCUCGACCCGCGGCGCUGGGGACAGGCUGGUGGCCCGCGGCCACCGGCCGGCUGCGGCAGGUGGCUCUGCCCCGGGAAGGGGAGGAGGCUGGCAGCACUCCCAACCCAGCCGGCAUCCCUCCCCGGCGGCAGCGAUGCUCAGUCCUGGCUCAGCCUGGCAGCAGCGCAGGGAGGGAGGGCACACGAGCCUGCGGAGGGCAUGGAUGAGAACAACCACACGGAGACUUGGCACCAGAGCCUGCAGGCAGUGCUGGACACCCUGAACCAGACGCUGCAUGGGGCCGUCCUGUGCCCCGGCCAGGCCACGGCGGGCGCAGCGGGGGCCACGCGCGGCCGCAACGACAACGCCUACAUGUACAUCCUGUUCGUCAUGACGCUCUUCGCCGCCACCGUGGGCAGCCUCAUCCUGGGGUACACCCGCUCCCGCAAGGUGGACAAGCGCAGCGACCCCUACCACGUCUACAUCAAGAACAGGGUCUCCAUGAUCUGAGCCUUGGCCCCGGGGGGCCACUGGGCUCGGGGUCACCUUGCUGGGCACAUCCUGCUCGCUGUGGGAUGGGACAGCGCUGCUGGCCCCAAAGCUGCUGGGAACCCCCUAAAGCUGCUGAAAACCCCUCAAAGCUGCUGAGAACCCCGCAAAAGCUGCUGGGAACCCCCACCAUGGAGGAGCUCAGUCCUGGUGUGAGCAGCGCUGGCAGGAGCUGGAAGAAUGUGACCUGCAAGCAGGUCCUGGUCCUGCAGACCCACCUCGGCUCCACCAUGGGCAUGGGGAUGGCAAGGCCAGGUCCUUCCCCACCGUGGCCUGCAGGGGCUGGCAGGAGCCUUCAAAGACAAUAUUCCCCCAUUUCCCUACUCAGAUCAGCUGGCAUUGACCUCCCUGGGCUCCCAGCAGCUGUGACAGUGGUUUGUGGGUUUUUCUGGUGCUGAAACCCUGUAAUGUUUGAGCUGGGCUGGGCCCUGCUUUUCUGGCAGGGAAUUAAAGGAGGUGGUGGGUUCCA